AUGGAGAGGUUGAUCAAGGGCGAUUCCUUAUCGACGACGAGGGAGAAGAAGAAGAAGAAGCUCACAUCAUCAUCGUCGUCACUUCCCUAUGAUUUGCUAGUGAUGAUCGUGGCACGCGUUCCAAGAUCGUACUAUCGGACAUUGUCACUAGUCUCCACGAGCUUCCGAUGUAUGGUGGUUUCACCUGAGCUUUACAAGGUUAGGUCACUCUUGGGCCUCACGGAGACUUGUCUCUAUGUUUGCUUGAGGUUCGGGUUUACUUGUUAUAAGUGGUACACCCUCUCCUCCAAGAGUAGUGACGGCGGCGGCUACGUUUUGACUAGAGUCUUAACGCUCGAUGAUAAUUCUCCUCGUAUGAUGGGUUUGUGUUAUUCAGAUCUUGUGGCGGUUGGUUCUGAUAUCUACAACAUUGGCGUAGCAGAUAAAAAUAAAACCAUGCCCACCUCUGGGGUCUCGAUCCUUGAUUGCAAGACUCACAGGUGGCGUAAGUCUCCACGCAUGCCAGUGGAGCUAACUGAACUUUCUGCCAGGGUCCUUGAUCGCAAGAUAUAUGUACUGGGACGACGCUUCCAUCAUCUUGAUGGUUCCUGGAAGAGCUCCUUCGAGGUAUUCAACACAAACACCCAAACUUGGGAUCUCCCUUCCUGUGGUGGUUUUGAUAGCGCCAGAAUCAAUUUUCUUAUUGACGGAAAGCUCCACGUGGUGACUUUAUUCGAUGGGGUGUUUGCUUUCGACUCAAAGCAAUGUAGAUGGGACCUGGUUGAACAAUAUCCAAGCACGGGUACUAUGUGCUCAGGUUCUUUCUGCGAGGUUGAUAAUGUUCUCUACUCUGUUUCUAAAGACGGAGCUCUGACAUGGUAUGACUCCGACAAUACAAGCUGGAGAGAUUUGAACGGUUUGGUAGGCCUACCUAAGUUGCCUAGUCCUCUUGAUGGUUAUGGUUCUUAUGUUAAACUGACGGGUUACGGUGGUGGAAAGAUGAUGGUUUUCUGGAAUUGCAAUUUAGGUAUUCACCGCCCGUUUCAAAGGGACACCAUAUAUUGUGCCGAGAUAGCCCUUGAAAGACGCAAUGGAGAUUGUUGGGGCAAACUUGAGUGGUUUGAUAGUAUGCUUUUAGUCCCUUUGGAAACCCAGUUCGUUAAGGUUCUUGCUGUAACGCUUUGA